UCCAUCGUGUGAAUUCGGACGUGAUCAAUGGUAAAAGUUGUCCCACAAAGCGUGAGUUGUUAUGUGUCGUAAUGUCCAUUUUUGAUCCAAUUGGUUUUUUGUGCCAUUUUAUGAUAACUGCCAAACUUUUGAUGAGAGAAGUCUGGAGACAUAGAGUACUUUGGGACGAGAUGUUGCCCGUGUCAUUACAAGCGAUGUGGAAUAAUUGGCGCCAAGAGCUAAGAAAUGUUGUCCAUGUAAAGGUUCCACGAUGGUAUUUUGGAAAUGGUUUGCCCUUGGAGUUAGAGCUGCAUGUUUUUGUUGAUGCCAGUGAAGAUGCCUUCGGUGCAGUGGCCUAUUGGAGAUAUACAACAUCUGAUGGACAAAUAGGAGUGUCGUUUAUAUCUGCCAAGUCGAAAUGUGCCCCAUUGAAAUGUAUGACCAUUCCCAGAUUAGAACUACAAGCCGCCGUUUUGGGGACCCGAUUGAUGGACACUAUAAUGAAGGAACACGAUCUCAAUGUUUCUCGUCGAAUCUGUUGGAGUGACUCUACAACUGUCAUUAGCUGGAUUGGUUCUGAAAGUAGGAGAUAUAAACCAUUUGUUGCCCAUCGAAUUGCCGAAAUACUUGAUUCGACACGCCCAACUGAUUGGAGAUGGUUGCCUACGGAUCUAAAUGUUGCCGAUGACAUUACAAGAGCUAAAAAUGAAGUUGAUUUUGCUAUUGAAACACGUUGGUUCCAAGGGCCACAAUUUUUGUAUGAAAACGAAGCUGAUUGGCCGAAUAAGAAUUCUGAGAAAUCUGAUGAUUUGUGUGAAGAAGAACUACGCCCCAAAUUUGUCAUGCUGGUUAGUACAAAUUUAGUUAUUGAUUUUAAUCGUUUUUCUUCAUUUCUCAGGCUUAAACGUACUAUGGCUUGGGUUCUGAGAUUUAUUAAUCGUUGCCGAAAAGAUGAUAAAUAUAAUGUUUCGAGAUGCCUAUCUGCUGAAGAGUUAAGGGUUGCUGAAACUAGUCUGUGUCGUCUGUCCCAAGAAGAGUGUUUCGCCCUUGAAAUAAACAUUUUAAAAUCUGGUGGUUCUUUAAAAAAGGAAACCGAGUUAUUUUCGCUUUCGCCUUAUUUUGAUGAAAAUAAUUUACUUCGAGUGAGCGGACGUAUUGAUGCUGCGAGUUGGUUGCCUUUAGAUGCUAGGCACCCCAUUAUUUUGUCGCCCUGUCACCGCUUUGCACAACUAUUUGUUGCCCAUGUGCAUAAUAACAUGAGACAUCAAAAUCUUGAGGCUACCAUAGGCGAAAUAAGGAAAAGGUUCUGGAUUCCACGACUACGAAAGCUGUUGAGUAAGACCACAUCAAAUUGCAACAUUUGUAAGAUUCGACGUGCCGUUCCAGUGGCUCCUUUUAUGGGAUCAUUGCCAAGUGAUAGACUAACUCCAUACGUCCGUCCAUUUACUUAUACUGGUGUGGACUAUUUUGGCCCAAUAAACGUGACUGUUGGUAGACGUCAUGAAAAACGUUGGGUUGCCCUGUUUACGUGCCUCACAAUCAGAGCAGUACAUUUAGAAGUGGCUUAUGAUCUUUCGACUGAUGCGUGUAUUUUGUGUAUACGGAAUUUUAUAAAUCGUCGUGGCACCCCGUUGAAGAUUCGUAGCGACAACGGAAAGAAUUUAGUUGGAGUUAACCAAGAAGCCCAGCAAUUUGAUGAAGUUUUUGAUCUUGUUAAAAUUGAAGAUGAGUUGUCCACAAAGGGCAUUGAAUGGCAGUUUAAUUGUCCACAUAAUCCUGCAGAAGGUGGUAUAUGGGAGCGAAUGGUUCAAUGUGUUAAAAAGGUUUUAAGAGUAACUCUUAAAGAAGUCGCCCCAAAAGAGCACACAUUGCAAAGUUUUUUAAUUGAAGCCGAAAACAUCGUAAACUCUCGCCCAUUGACUCACUUGCCUGUCAGCCUUGAAGACGAAGAACCAUUGACGCCAAAUCAUUUCUUGUUGGGAUCUACAAAUACAGCUCAAACACCAUAAGGUAUUGAAAUAACAAAGCCAGUGGUACUGAAAAAGCAGUGGCGAAUUGCUAGACAGCUACGAGAUCAUUUCUGGAAAAGAUGGAUUAUUGAAUAUUUGCCCACACUUACAAGACGGUCAAAAUGGUGUGAAUAUACCAAGCCUGUGGCUCCGGGUGAUCUUGUACUAAUUUGUGAUCCAGCUGUUUCCCGUCGAGAUUGGAAGAGAGGUCGUGUCAUAAAUGUGUUCCCUGGCAGUGAUGGUGUAAUACGGAGAGCUGAUGUCCAAACAAGUAGUGGAAUACUUAAACGCCCGGUUUCCAAACUAGCAGUCCUUGAUUUGGAUGGUGAAUCGUUGCCGAUCCACGGUGGUGGGAAUGUCGCCUGAUGGCUCAUCAAUUUAUUAUUUUUAUUUUCAUUUAAUUUAAAAUAUUUUUGUUAAUUUAAAUAUUUUUUGUGGGCUAUCCUAAUGUUGUUUAAUUUUGUCUUAUUUACCAAAUUGUUAGUGAUACUUAUUGUAAGAUCAUUGUUGUUGUUUAGUUCAUUUGUCCGUUAGGAUUUUUUUUAUAUUGUUUUGCAUUCCUUUUUGUUCUCAUUUGUUUACGAACUAAACGCAUUCUUUGUCCCUAUAUUCUACUGCAGUAGUUUCGUUCAGUUUAUUUAUUUGGAAAUAAACUGUUGUAAAAAUACAUAGACAAAAGAAUUUGUAGGCUCAGUAUUAACUGACAUUAAUAUUAAAGUUUAGUUUGUUGGGGAUAAAGACUGCGACAUUUUAUAAAGAUUAAAAUACUUCUAGAUUACAAGAAGAAUCUGUAAGUAAAAAUGGAUUUUUCAAAACACAUCAAGCCUCUUCAAAAUGAAUUGGAUUGCCCAAUCUGGAAACCCAAGAUGCGUGAUUUAUUGGAUCAUCAUGAAGGAGCAGUUGAUUUUAUAGAUGGUAAAUUAGUGAAACCAAUACCACUACCAGCCACCGCAACCCAGCGGAAAAAAUGGUAGGACUUCGAUUUUUAGGCCUUCUAAGAGACAUAUUUACUCAUUCUAAAAGAUGCGAUACUCAUUCCUCAAUGCCUUCUCGCGGAAGAUAUUCCACAAGCAUACAGAGACUGAAAAUAACGGGUCCACUUUGUUUUUAUAUAAUAUAUAUAAUACAUGUUCCUGCUAAAUUUUACACUCCUAAAAUUAAAAUCAA